AUGACAAACAUGGGUCGCACAGUGAAACUUUCAUGGUUGGACCAACAAGAUUCGGUAUUUGAAUCCUUUCAGGUGUUCAUCAUAGGUGUGUGGGGAGCUGGAGGAGUUGGGAAAACAACAUUGGUGACUAAUCUAAACAAUGAGCUCCUAAAGACCGGUGUGUUAAGUCGUAAACUGUCUUUUGGUGUUGUGAUAUGGGUCACCGUGCCCAAACCGCCAAUAGACAUAAGAAAGGUUCAAGCACAAAUUGCUAGCAGAUUAAACAUAAAGAUAGAUAGCGAGGGAAGUGAUCAAAGCAUUUCAAGCAAAAUUUGUGAAAGGCUUGAGAAAGAAACGAGUUUCCUUCUCAUACUAGAUGAUGUUUGGGAACCUAUAAAUUUGGAUGAGGUAGGUGUUUCCCAACAUGCUGCAAGAAACAAGGUAAUUAUAACUUCUUGUUUUUUAAGUGUCUGUAACCAAAUGAAAUCAGACGUGGAAAUGAAGGUUUUCACAUUGGACGAGGGUGAAUCUUGGCAACUAUUUGCCAAAAAUGUGGGAGAUAUUGUCGAUCUGGAGCAAAUACAUCCAUUGGCAAAGGAAAUUGCAAGAGAGUGUGAUGGUUUACCUUUAGCAAUCAUUGUUGUUGGAUCAUCCAUGAGAGGGAAGACAAGGGUCGAGCUCUGGGAAGAUGCUUUGAAAUCACUUAGAAUGUCCGAACCUCAUAGAAAAGUUGUAGAAGAUAAGGUUUACAAGGUCAUUAACUGGAGUUUUGGUUCUUUAGAAUCUCAGGAUAUUCAAAGAAGCAAACAUGUGAACAAAAAGAGAGGCGAUAUUCAAAGUUGUUUCUUAUAUUGCUCCUUGUAUCCGGCGGCUAUUCCGAUAGAUGAUCUCAUACAUUGCUGGUGGGCAGAGGGGAUCCUCGGUGAACAUGACACAUAUGAAGAAGCCUACAACAGGGGAAUUACCUUGAUUGAGAGCCUAAAUGAUGCCUGCUUCCUGGAAGCCAAUAAGAUGAAGAUUGUGAGGGCGCGGGUUGUGAAUUGUGUUAAAAUGCAUGACGUGAUUCGUGAUGUUGAUAGAUGGAUAGCUAGUACCUUUGGGGAUGAAAACAUUUCUAUUUUUCAAGAUGGAAUUGGGUUGACUGAAAUAUCACGUAUUAAAAUAUCACAUUCUGUCAAGAGAAUAUCUUUCGUAAGCAACGAAAUUGAAUGUCUACCUGAUUGCUUCACGAAAUGUCCAAAGGCAACAUCUUUACUUUUGCAAGACAAUUAUCACCUUAAGAAAAUAACCCACGAAUUCUUUUUGGCAUUUCAAGCUCUAAGAGUUCUGAAUCUGAGUCAAACUGGUAUUAGAGAAAUGCCUUCUUCCAUCAAUAGUUUAUGUCAACUACGUACUCUUAAUACUACAGCGUUGCAGUGA